UGGUUGUUUCUUCGUCGACCUCAGAAAUCGAAAUCGAAAUCGAAAUCGCGAAUCCUGAGAAAGCUGUCACCGACAAAGACAAAAACGGCGGCGGAAUACGUGUCCGACCGUAGUUGUCACUCCAAGGACAGAUUGUUCGGGGGAACUGAUAUUUAUGUGCAUCCCUCCAUAAACGCCCACCAAAGAUUUGAGCUUUCAGCUUCAGAUGUUUUUUUUCUUUUCUUUUCGUUUCUGGGAUUUAUAGAUUAGAGUAGAUUAGAUUUUGGGAAUUGAAAAAAGAAAUCGAACCGUUUUUGUGUUUUCAGAUUUUAAUUUUCUGGGGUUUUUUGAAAAGCCCAUGUCUUUAGAUCUGAAUUCAGCGUUGGAUUCCGUUUGCUUCACAUUUCUCUCUCUAAACCUCUCCCAAAAGAUUUACAAAUUCAGAUUCAAACUCAAGGAUUAACCCGAAAACAAAUACUGGGUUUUGAGUAUCUCGGUUUAGAAAGUCGUAUUUGGGAUUUCGGGUAUUUUGUGUUUAGGGAUGGGUGCUAGUUUAUCGGGUGGCGUUUCGGAUGGGGAGGGUUUAGUGCAGCCAAGGCUUGGGGAUAUACCGGAGAGCUGUGUGGCAUUGAUUUUGAUGCAGAUGGACCCGCCGGAGAUUUGUAAGUUGGCCCGGUUGAACCGGGCGUUUCGGGGUGCUUCCUUGGCCGAUUUCAUCUGGGAAUCCAAGUUGCCGCCGAAUUAUCGGUUUAUUGUAGACAGGGUGUUUGAUGAAAGUACUAAGAGCAAGAUUUCAGGGAAGAGGGAUACCUAUGCCAGGCUUUGCAGGUCUAAUUCCUUUGAUGAUGGCACAAAGGUGAUUUGGCUUGAUAAGCACAAGGGUGGUAUUUGUUUGUCGAUUUCUUCAAAGGCGUUGUCGAUUACUGGGAUAGAUGAUAGGAGGUAUUGGAAUUUCAUAGCAAAUGAUGAAUCCAGAUUCCAGACAGUUGCCUAUCUCCAACAAAUCUGGUGGUUUGAAGUCAAUGGGGAGUUUGAGUUUCAAUUUCCGUUAGGGAAAUAUGGCCUGUUCUUUAGGCUCCACCUUGGCAGAUCCUUGAAGAGGCUAGGUCGCCGCGUCUGCAACUCCGAGCAUGUUCAUGGCUGGGACAUAAAACCAGUGAGGUUUGAGCUAUCAACUUCUAAUGGUCACCGUGCUGUAUCCCAAUGUUACUUGGACAAUCCUGGAAGCUGGAUCAAUUACCAUGUGGGAGAUUUUGUUGUUGACAAUCCUCAUGAUUUGAUCAAGAUCAAGUACUCGAUGACUCAGAUCGAUUGCACUCACACUAAAGGCGGUGUCUGCGUGGAUUCGGUGUUGAUAUACCCUAGUAGUGUAGCGAAAGAGCCUUAGCACAUUUUUCGUAGGCAGGCAGAGCUGCAAAUUACAAGUUGUAGGAAGUGUGCAGCCCCUUGGAUGUGAGGCAGCCUUGAGAACGAGAAGAGAUUGAAAAUUAGUGGUUGCGUUUAGGGGCAUAUCAUGUCGUUUAGAAGUGAAAUGUGUAUAUGUAAAUCUUCUGUUUGCAGUGUUGUUUUGCAGAGAAUGCUUCAUGUACAGUGAGUUGUUACCAGAUGUUUUUAAUUUGACGAAGAGUUUUCAUCU